GUCAGAAAUGAAGCUACCGAUCUAUGCUAUGACACUCUUCAACAUGGUGAAGAUUCAGAAUAUAAUGUAGGUGUCUACGCUUGCCAUAAAACCAUCUUCAGUAGCCAGCUGUUUUCGCUCAGCAAUGAUGGACAGAUAAGACGUGAAGAAACAUGUGCCACUAUCAUAUCAUCUAAUGAAAUCAAGAUGGAGAAAUGCUCACCACAUUCAAAGAAACAAAUUUGGAGGUUGACCAAGAACGGUCACUUGCGUAAUGACGCCAUGGAGCUGUGUCUGGAUGCAGAGGCACUAGGGGUGGGUGACACACUGAAGGCCAGCAAGUGUAAUAACAGCCCCACCCAGAUCUGGUCCUGGGAUUACUACUCUCCUCAGGCUGCUAACAUAUUCAAGGAAAUGUAGCAGCACGAUUCUCUACUUCGCACAUUCCACUCUAUGUUUGCUCAAUGUUUGCCGUCCACCCUUGUCAUAUUGUGCCGUUUAUCCUCUAAGUCAAUUUUACAUCACAAUCAAUGUGAUCUGUUUAAUAUAUUUUUAUAGUGUUUUAUGACGUUGUUAAGGUUUUUAUAGAUUUUUGUAUAUAUUGCGCUAUAUGGUAUAUAUAUAUAUGUGUGUGUGCGUGUGCGUGUUUUACACAUUGUUGGUGUUGAAUUUAUACUAGAUAUUUUAGUGGCAGAAAUACUUAUAGGCUGUGUCUGCUUUUACUUUUUUUAUAAAAUUGUAUAAAUAAGUAUCAGUAAAUAAAUUCUCGUCUAA